GCUUGGUUGUGUUUGAUGCACCACCAAGCAGUUUGAUCUGCUAUUGGUCUCUUAGCAAGUCUCUUUUUGUCGAUGUUUUAAUCAAAAUGUCAGAUGGAAAAUUUAGAUUGGAAACUCAGCUUACCUCAGUUCAUCAACUGCCUGACCCCCAUCUACCACCCGCAGGAGAGAAAAAGCGCUUUGGAGGAUGAAAUGUUUGAGGAUGGAGCUGAAACCCACAGAGAAUGCAACGUGUGUGUGGGCCUGCAGGAGCUGGGUGUGCACUGUUCUGACAUGCCACAGGGGACAUCAGGUGAAGGAGCAAGACGAAGGAGAAGAAGAAAUGACCGAUGAUGAGUGGAGGAGGACGGUGGCAGAGCUCAAUGCUUU